CAAAUCAAACAUAAAUUUAAAACCAAAUCCUCUUCUUUCUAUUCAUCAUCUCCUUCUGGCAAAUUGAACAUUCAUUCUCUGUUUUUUUCUGAAAUCCCCAAUUUUGUUCUCCCCUUCUAGCAAAUUGAGCACUCUUUCUUUGUUUUUGUUUUUCCGAAAUUCCUAAUUUUGUGUGCUCAUUCAUACUAGUUUGAUUGAAAAAGCUUGUACUACUUGUUUUUUGUGCUCAUUCAUGGCGGCUGAGUCGAACUCCAAAAGACGACGAAUAGUAGCAGAAGAAGACAGAAUCAGCAGUCUACCAGACUGUGUGCUCAGCCAUAUCCUUUCUUUUCUCCCCACCAAAACCUCUGUUGCAACAAGCAUUCUGUCGAACAGAUGGCGCCACAUUUGGAAGCAUGUUUCCGUUCUUGAUUUCUCCGACGACUUCAGGGACGAAUCGUUAUUCGAAAAGGCAAGGAGAAACAACAAACUAUUCGAGCACUUCCAAAACUUUUCUGUUUUUGUAAACAGGGUAUUCUCUCUUCGUAUGCCUUACCCAAUUGAAAAGAUGAGUCUCUCAUGUGUUAAAUCUCUUUACAACAUCGAAUCAUGCACCAGUUCAAUCGACACAUGGGUUUGCUCUGUCAUUGGACCACACCUCAAGGAAUUCAGCCUCGAAAUCGAUCCCAUUCAGAAAUAUCAAUUUGAACCUCCAAUCACCCUCUUCACUUGUACUAAUCUCGUUUCCCUCAGUCUCAUUGGGGAAACAGGAAUGUUGUCGUCAAUAUAUAUUGACCCACGGUUUGCUGAGGAAAUUCGUUUACCAUCACUUAAUUACUUGAAACUCCACAUGAAUAAUGUGGAUAUUCAUACAAUGAAUGGCUUCCUCGUUGGCUGUCCUAUCCUAGAAACUCUAGAUACUCGUCUUUUUGGUUUUAACUAUAAUAAACUCCGUGUGCCAUCUACAUUAAAGAGGUUGAAAAUCAGCAGCUGUUCUUGUCUAGAAAUGGAUUUGUAUUCGCUUGGUUUUGAUGAUCUUAACACAUUCAGUGAUGUUGGCAACUUGCAAAACGUGGUGAAAGCGUCUCUUGAUGUUUUUCGUUGUUCUGAUGGUUGUUAUCUAGCUGACAUAUUAGUCAACUUCUUCGAUGAUCUCUCUGGAAUAAAACAUCUAUCUUUGAGUAUUUCAACAAUAAAGUUGCUACUAGGUGACCCUGUUCAUCUACGUUUCCCAGAAUUCCGCCAUUUACUUCAUCUGGAGCUCAUUCUUCCGUGGUUCAACCAAAACUCUCUAUUGAGCCUACUUCAUGCUUGUCCUAUGCUUCAAGUUCUUAUAAUUCAAAACGAUAAGAAAGAAUCAACCUCACCAGAAUGGACUGCACAAUCAACUGUUCCAAAUUGUAUUUUAUCACAUCUGACCUAUAUCCAAUUUAAAGGCUGUGAAGGAUUUCCAGAUGAGCUGUUAUUUGCAGAGUAUAUUUUGCAGAAUGGACUUGUUUUGAAUAAAAUGAGUAUUGCUGAUAUUUCUGUAGACAUUUUGAAGUACUACAUCCUCAGAAGAUUAUCCAAUGUUCCAAGGGCCUCUAGACUUUGUCAACUUACAUUUGAUUGAGCUGUAUCACCAUAAGGUGUAUUUCUCACUAAUAACCACUAUAUGACUUGUGUAAAAAUAAAAUAAAAACCUACUCUAUGACAGAUGUUGGGGGAUAGCUAUGCUUCACAAUCUCUAUCUAUUACAAAUGUUGGGAGAUUGCUUCUAAUUUGAACUUUGUAUUCAUUGAAGAUGAGUGCUUUUCUGACCCCCCCCCCCC